CGUGGUUUUGCUCCUGGGAGCUGCUUUGGUAGAGGCUUCAUCAUGGAGAGCCACGGGGCAGGUGUUCAAAGGGUUCAAGGGCAAGGAAAGUCCUGAACUGGCCCAGUAUGAGCUGGGAGCUACUGGGAAGCUGCUCUGGGGAGGGGCUGGGGGUCAUAGGGGGCAUCAAAAUGAAAGUGAGCCAGUGAGGAACAUCAACAGGGCAGAGGAAUCAUCUAGGAGGCAUCUCAAAGGGUUCAAGGGUAAGGAAAGUCCUGCACUGGACCAGUAUGAGCUGGGAGCCACUGGGAGGCUGCUCUGCAGAGGAGUCGGGGGUCCCGGUGGGCAUCAAGAUGAAGGAGAUCCAGUGAGGAACAUCACCUACUUGACUUUGGGGGUGGCAGCCCGAGGUGUGAGGAGACACGGGGGAAGCAAGAGAGUUGAUGUUGCGAAGUGAGGGUGGGUUUUGUGCUUCUCAACCAUCUCACAGUUGAGCUUCCAUUGAAGGGGAGAACUGUCAGCUCUUGAGCAUGAGGGGAGCUUCUCUGAGGACCGCGUGGGUCCGAGGUGGAUCAGUGACAACCUUUGGUUGGGUCAUUGAGACCUGGUGGCAUCUUGCUCUUAGCAGCCUGACUCUCGUCGUCCCAUCAACUGCAAAUGCUCGUGAUAUGACCUCAGGUAGACGAGUUGUAGCGCGGAUGGUUGGGAUGAACUUUGGUUCCUGUCCCAUCUGAGUGUCAGAGGUGGAAGAAGAGGGAGAGUGCGCUUCAUGUGGACCUCUCUGAUGUCUCCACCAGGCUGGGAAGGUGAAACUCAAGCUGCUGUAAGGACUACAAGUGAAGACAGAGGGAUUCCUGUGGCGGAUCCAGCCAGGACCAGCAUCCCAGCAAGAUGGAGAAGGAAGAGGAGACGCGGGAGAUCCUGCUCCCCAACUGGCAAGGGAGCGGCUCCCACGGCAUCACCAUCGACCAGACGGACGAUGGCGUCUUCGUCAAACAAGUGCUGCAAAACUCCCCGGCUGCCAAGAUGGGCGUCGUGAAGGAAGGGGAUCAGAUUGUGGGCGCCACCAUCUAUUUUGACAACCUGCAAUCCGGGGAAGUCACGCAGCUCCUCAACAGCAUGGGCCACCACACGGUGGGCUUGCGCUUGCAACGGAAAGGGGACAGAUCUCCACUGCCGGGACAGUCAUGGUCACAAGACGUGUUUGCGGCCACUCCAGAAGUCGUUCUGAGCGGAGAUGAUGAAGAGUACAGGAGGAUCUACACGACGAAAAUCAAACCCCGGCUGAAGUCGGAGGAGGUGGUGGAAAUGGAGGGUGGUGGAACGCAGAGCAGGACCAUUACGGUCACCAGAAAAGUGACGGCCUACACUGUUGAUGUCACCAGGCACGAUGGAGCCAAAGAUGUUGACGUGGCUGGCCCAGAAUUCCAACUUGGGAUCCCAGGGGCACCCGCUGGAGGACCAAGGGUGGGAGCUUCUGCCCAGAAUUUGGAUGUCCACCUUGGCGAGCCUCAGUUUGGAAAACCUGGGAUAACCAUGUCAGGAACGCAAGUGAUGGGUGUUCACUUGAAGGCCCAGGUGGACCCUCAACUGCCAGAAAACCAAGUUCCUGGUAGAGAAACUGGAAAACCUGUUGCGGUGGAGAUGCCAGGACAGAAUGUUUCUGGCACGGUUCUCCUGGACUCGCCCAGAAUCGAAGCAAAUGGACAGAUGGGAAACCUGGAGGCAAGUUUUCACGUCAAGGGGCCCAGGUUGGAUGGCAAAGGACAGGUUUCUGGCAUGGAUGUCCAAGGAGGGAUGCUGUCACCUUCUGCCCCUUGUCUUCAGGGCGAUAUCAAAGCCCACGGAGUUGAUCUUUCUUUGCCGGCGAUGGAAACUCCAGGUGGAGAUGUGGGAAAAAUCAAGAUUCCUGCUAUGAAAAUGCCCAAAUUUGGGUUCCCAACCCCAGAAUCUGGCCUCGACGCUCAAGCCCCGCAGGUGGGCACCACCGUUCCUGGGCCAACGCCGCAGGCUCCACGCGUAGAUGUUGCCUCCUCACCCCUCCAGGUCACAGGACCUGAAGUUUCAGUUCCUUCAGUUAAAGUCUCAAAGCCACAGGUGGACGUGGGGUUGAAGGGCGCUGGGAAGGUCUCCUCUCCAGAACUGGAGAUCCCCAGCAUGAAAGGACCCAGCGUAGAGCUCCCAACUUCUGCUGUGGAUGUUCCCGGCGUCAAGGGAAAGCUCAAAAUUCCACACAUGACCUUUCCGAAGUUUACCCCCUCGGACUCACAAGGAGAAGGUCCUACCAUGGAAAUGGUGCUUCCAAAGGGGGAAGUGGGACCGGCAGCAUCCAAGGGAGACAUUGUCGUUCCUGACGUGGCCGUCAAAGGAGAAUGGAAAGGCCCCGCGUUCAAGAAGGUUGAAACGCCCCACAUCUCUCUGUCCGAUGUAAACCUCAACCUGAAAGGCCCUCAGGUGAAGGGAGACGUGGGUGUCACCAUCCCCGGAGUGGAAGGGGAUGUCAAAGGACUUGGCUCGAAGGGUCUCAAGAUGGAUGUAAAGGCUCCUCACGUUGAAUUUGAAAGGCCGGGAGGUUCUUUGAAAGGACCCAGUGGAUCCGCACCAGAUGCAGACGUUCAUGUGAAGGGACCCAAGCUUAAGGGAGAUGUUUCCAUCCCAGAGGUGGGUGGCAACUUGAAAGGACCUCAGCUUGAUGUUAAAAGCCCCAAAGUGGGAACAGACCUGCCUUAUGUAGAUGUCAAAGGCCCCAUGGUUAUGAUGCCAGAGGUCCAUGUCAAGACCCCCAAAAUAUCCAUGCCUGACAUCGACUUGAAUCUGAAAGGCCCCAAAGUGAAAGGAGACCUGGAUGUUUCCGCCCCAAAACUGGAAGGGGAGCUGAAAGCACCUGGACUUGACAUCAAAGGCCCCAAAGUUGACAUCGGAGCGCCAGACGUGGACAUCCAUGGUCCAGAGGGCAAACUGAAGAUGCCCAAACUGAAAAUGCCCAAGUUUGGGGUCCCUGGCAUGAAGGGAGAGGGCCCUGACCUUGAUGUGAAGCUUCCAAAGGGCGAGGUGGACAUCUCUGGUCCCAAGGUAGAUAUUGAUGUGCCAAGUGUGGACAUCAAAGGGCCAGAAGGAAAACUGAAGGGCCCUGCGGUGAAGAUGCCGGAGAUGCACAUCACAGCUCCAAAGGUCUCCAUGCCCGAUGUUGAUCUGAACCUGAAAGGCAUCAAUGUCAAGGGGGAUGUGGACGUUUCCAUUCCCACAGUAGAAGCUGAUUUGAAGGGUCCUGAACUGGAGCUCAAAGGCCCCAAAGUUGACAUUGGAGCGCCAGACGUGGACAUCCAUGGUCCGGAGAGCAAACUGAAGAUGCCUAAACUCAAAAUGCCCAAGUUUGGGGUCCCUGGCUUGAAGGGAGAGGGCCCCGACCUUGACGUGAAGCUUCCAAAGGGAGAGGUGGACAUCUCUGGUCCCAAGGUAGAUGUUGAUGUGCCAAGCGUGGACAUCAAAGGGCCAGAAGGAAAACUGAAGGGCCCCGCGGUGAAGAUGCCUGACGUGAGUUUCAAGACCCCCAAAAUAUCCAUGCCUGACAUCGACUUGAAUCUGAAAGGCCCCAAAGUGAAAGGAGACCUGGAUGUUUCCACCCCAAAACUGGAAGGGGAGCUGAAAGCACCUGGACUUGACAUCAAAGGCCCCAAAGUUGACAUCGAAGCACCAGACGUGGACAUCCAUGGUCCAGAGGGCAAACUGAAGAUGCCUAAACUCAAAAUGCCCAAGUUUGGGGUCCCUGGCUUGAAGGGAGAGGGCCCCGACGUUGACGUGAAGCUUCCAAAGGGCGAGGUGGACAUCUCUGGUCCCAAGGUAGAUGUUGAUGUGCCAAGUGUGGACAUCGAAGGGCCAGAAGGAAAAGGUCUUAAAUUCAAAAUGCCCGAACUAAACAUUCAGACCCCAAACGUAUCCGUGCCAGAGACAGAUCUCAGUUUGAAGGGCCCCAAACUGAAAGGAGAUGCAGAUCUUUCUGGUUUGAAAGCCUCUGGAGAUCUAAAAGGCUCCAAAAUAGAUGUGGAAGGUCCUAAAGUGGAGGUUGAUUUGCCUGAGGUUGACUUGGAAUGUCCAGAAGGGAAAAUAAAAGGCCCCAAAUUUAAGAUGCCAAAGCUGAACAUCAAGACACCCAAAAUAUCGAUGCCGGAUGUAGAUUUGAACUUGAAGGGACAUAAAGUGAAAGGAGAGAUGGACGUUUCCCUUCCAAACAUAGAAGGUGACUUGAAAGGACCCGAUGUUCAAAUCAAGGCACCAAAAGUAGAUGUCGAGAUGCCAAAUGUCAACCUGGAGUGUCCAGAAGCCAAACUGAAAAUGCCCAAAAUGAAAUUGCCUCAUUUUAAUCUCUCCGGCCCAAAGGUUGAAGGAGCUGAUGUAGAUGUCAAUCUCCCCAAAGGAAAUGUCGAUAUUUCUGGGCCAGAGGUAGAUGUUGAAGCGCCAGAGUUGGAUGUUGCAGGACCAGAAGGCAAAUGGAAAGGCCCCAAGUUCAAGAUGCCAAAGCUGAAUAUCAAAACCCCCAAAUUAUCCAUGCCAGAUGUCGAUUUGAACCUCAAAGGACCCAAAGCGAAAGCAGAUGUGGAUCUCGUGGCUCCUAAGAUAGAAGGUGACUUGAAAGGACCAGAAAUAGACAUCAAAGGGCCCAACAUAGCCGUUGAGGCACCCAAUAUUGAUUUGGAAUGCCCUGAAGGGAAGUUGAAGGGCCCCAAGUUCAAGAUGCCCGAGAUGCACAUCAAAGCACCCAAGAUCGCCAUGCCUGAUGUGGACAUUAAUCUGAAAGGGCCCAGUGUAAAAGGGGACAUGGAAGUCUCAGCCCCCACGAUAGAGGGUGACCUGAAGGGCCCUGAAGUGGACAUCAAAGGCCCCAAAGUGGACAUUGAGGCACCAGAUGUGGACAUUCACGGCCCAGAAGGAAAGUUCAAGAUGCCCAAGUUCAAAAUGCCCAAGUUUGGGAUGCCCGGGCUGAAGGGUUCAGGGCCAGAAGUUGAUGUGAACCUUCCAAAAGGAGACCUGGAUGUUUCUGGUCCAAAGGUGGACAUUGAAGGUCCAGAGCUGAACAUUGAGGGUCCUGAAGGAAAGGUUAAAGGGCCCAAGUUCAAGAUGCCCGAGAUGCACAUCAAGACACCCAAGAUCUCCAUGCCUGACAUUGACCUGAACCUGAAGGGCCCAAAGAUGAAAGGGGAUGUGGACGUGUCUGUCCCCAAGCUGGAAGGUGACCUGAAGGGUCCAGAUUUGGACAUCAAAGGCCCCAAAGUUGAUGUUGACCUUCCUGACGUUGAGCUGGAAGGUCCUGAGGGGAAACUGAAGGGCCCUAAGUUCAAGAUGCCAGAUUUGAACAUCAAAGCACCCAAGAUCUCCAUGCCAGACGUCGACUUCCAUCUGAAGGGCCCCAAACUGAAAGGAGACGUGGAUGUGUCUGUGCCCACGAUCGAGGGUGACCUGAAGGGCCCUGAGGUGGACAUCAAGGGCCCCAAAGUGGAUAUUGAGGCACCAGACAUGGACAUUCACGGCCCAGAAGGAAAGUUCAAGAUGCCCAAGUUCAAAAUGCCCAAAUUUGGGAUGCCCGGCUUCAAAGCGGAAGGCCCAGAGGUGGACGUCAAUCUGCCAAAGGGAGACCUGGAUGUUUCUGGUCCAAAGGUGGACAUUGAGGGACCUGAGGUGGACAUUGAAGGUCCUGAAGGAAAAAUUAAAGGGCCGAAGUUCAAGAUGCCCGAGAUGCACAUCAAGGCUCCCAAGAUCUCCAUGCCUGACAUUGACCUGAACCUGAAAGGUCCCAAAGUCAAGGGAGACAUGGACGUGUCUGUUCCAAAGAUUGAAGGUGACCUGAAGGGUCCUGAAAUCGACAUCAAAGGUCCCAAAGUCGAUGUUGACCUUCCUGACGUUGAGCUGGAAGGUCCUGAGGGGAAACUGAAGGGCCCCAAGUUCAAGAUGCCAGAUUUGAACAUCAAAGCACCCAAGAUCUCCAUGCCAGACGUCGACUUCCAUCUGAAGGGUCCCAAGCUGAAAGGAGACGUGGAUGUGUCUGUGCCCAAGAUCGAGGGUGACCUGAAGGGCCCUGAGGUGGACAUCAAGGGGCCCAAAGUGGACAUUGAGGCACCAGACGUGGACAUUCACGGCCCAGAAGGGAAGUUCAAGAUGCCCAAGUUCAAAAUGCCCAAGUUUGGGAUGCCCGGCUUCAAAGCGGAAGGCCCAGAGGUGGACGUCAACCUGCCAAAGGGAGACCUGGAUGUUUCUGGUCCAAAAGUGGACAUUGAGGGACCUGAGGUGGACAUUGAAGGUCCUGAGGGAAAGAUUAAAGGGCCAAAGUUCAAGAUGCCCGAGAUGCACAUCAAGACACCAAAGAUCUCCAUGCCUGACAUUGACCUGAACCUCAAGGGCCCCAAGCUGAAGGGAGACAUGGACGUGUCUGUUCCAAAGCUGGAAGGAGACCUGAAGGGCCCUGAGGUGGACAUCAAGGGCCCCAAAGUGGACAUCAAGGGCCCCAAAGUGGACAUUGAGGCACCAGAUGUGGACAUUCACGGCCCAGAAGGAAAGUUCAAGAUGCCCAAGUUCAAAAUGCCCAAAUUUGGGAUGCCCGGGCUGAAGGGUUCAGGCCCAGAAGUUGAUGUGAACCUCCCAAAAGGAGACUUGGAUGUUUCUGGUCCGAAGGUGGAUAUUAAAGGUCCAGAGGUGGACAUUGAGGGUCCUGAUGGAAAAGUUAAAGGUCCCAAGUUCAAGAUGCCCGAGAUGCACAUCAAGACACCCAAGAUCUCCAUGCCUGACAUUGACCUGAACCUGAAAGGUCCCAAAGUGAAGGGAGGAGCUGAUGUUUCCCUUCCAAAAUUAGAAGGUGGCUUGGAAGGUCCUGAUGUGAGUAUUAAAGGUCCAAAGCUGGAUGUUGAUGUUCCCGAUGUUGACAUUGGAGGCCCUGAGGGAAAAUGGAAGGGCCCCAAGUUCAAGAUGCCAGAGAUGCAUAUGAAGGCACCUAAAUUUUCGAUGCCCGAUGUCGAUCUCAACUUGAAAGGUCCCAAAAUGAAGGGAGAAAUGGAUGUUUCUGUACCAAAACUAGAAGGUGAUGUGAAAGUACCAGAUCUGGAGCUAAAAGGGCCCAAAGUGGAUAUUGAGGUGCCAGAUGUUGAUCUGGAAGGUCCAGAAGGAAAGAUAAAGGGUCCGAAGUUCAAGAUGCCUGAGAUGCACUUCAAAGCCCCCAAGAUCUCCAUGCCAGACUUUGACCUGAACCUGAAGGGCCCCAAAGUGAAAGGAGACGUGGACAUUUCUGUUCCAAAAAUUGAGGGAGACUUGAAAGGCCCAGAUGUUGACAUCAAAGGCCCUAAACUGGAUGUUGACCUUCCUGAUGUUGAGCUGGAAGGUCCAGAAGGGAAACUGAAGGGCCCCAAGUUCAAGAUGCCAGAUUUGAACAUCAAAGCACCCAAGAUCUCCAUGCCAGACUUUGACCUGAACCUGAAGGGCCCCAAAGUGAAAGGAGACGUGGAUGUUUCCCUUCCAAAAAUGGAAGGUGAUUUGAAAGGCCCGGAUGUUGACAUCAAAGGCCCUGAACUGGAUGUAGAUCUUCCUGAUGUGGAUCUGGAGUGUCCAGAAGCAAAAAUUAAAGGUCCCAAGUUCAAGAUGCCCGAGAUGCACUUCAAGACACCCAAGAUCUCCAUGCCUGACAUCGAUUUGAACCUGAAGGGCCCAAAGCUGAAGGGAGACGUGGAUGUUUCUGCCCCCAAACUAGAGGGUGAUUUGAAAGGCCCUGAGAUGGACAUCAAAGGUCCAAAACUGGACAUCGAAGCUCCAGAUGUCGAGGUUGAGCUCCCAGAAGGGAAGUUGAAAGGCCCCAAAUUUAAGAUGCCUGAGAUGCAUUUCAGGGCCCCCAAGAUCUCCAUGCCGGACUUUGAUCUGAACCUCAAAAGUCCCAAAGUGAAAGGAGACGUUGCUGUUUCCAUUCCCAAGUUAGAAGGUGACCUAAAAGGGCCAGAGGUUAAAUUAGAAGGUCCGAAAGUGGACAUUGAAGUGCCGGAUGUUGAUCUGGAAGGUCCAGAAGGAAAGAUAAAGGGUCCAAAGUUCAAGAUGCCUGAGAUGCACUUCGAAGCCCCCAAGAUCUCCAUGCCAGACUUUGACCUGAACCUGAAGGGCCCCAAAGUGAAAGGAGACGUGGAUGUCUCUGUUCCAAAAAUCGAGGGAGACUUGAAAGGCCCAGAUGUUGAUAUCAAAGGCCCUAAACUGGAUGUUGACCUUCCUGAUGUUGAGCUGGAAGGUCCAGAAGGAAAGGUUAAAGGUCCCAAGUUCAAAAUGCCUGAGAUGCACAUCAAGACACCCAAGAUCUCCAUGCCUGACAUUGACCUGAACCUGAAAGGCCCAAAGAUGAAGGGGGACGUGGACGUGUCUGUCCCCAAGCUGGAAGGUGACCUGAAGGGUCCAGAUUUGGACAUCAAAGGCCCCAAAGUCAAUGUUGACCUUCCCGACGUUGAGCUGGAAGGUCCUGAGGGGAAACUGAAGGGCCCCAAGUUCAAGAUGCCAGAUUUGAACAUCAAAGCACCCAAGAUCCCCAUGCCAGACGUCGACUUCCAUCUGAAGGGCCCCAAACUGAAAGGAGACGUGGAUGUGUCUGUGCCCAAGAUUGAGGGUGACCUGAAGGGCCCUGAGGUGGACAUCAAGGGCCCCAAAGUGGAUAUUGAGGCACCAGACGUGGACAUUCACGGCCCAGAAGGAAAGUUCAAGAUGCCCAAGUUCAAAAUGCCCAAGUUUGGGAUGCCCGGCUUCAAAGCAGAAGGCCCAGAGGUGGACGUCAACCUGCCAAAGGGAGACCUGGAUGUUUCUGGUCCAAAGGUGGACAUUGAAGGUCCAGAGCUGGACAUUGAGGGUCCUGAGGGAAAAAUUAAAGGGCCGAAGUUCAAGAUGCCCGAGAUGCACAUCAAGGCUCCCAAGAUCUCCAUGCCUGACAUUGACCUGAACCUAAAAGGUCCCAAAGUCAAGGGUGGUGUGGAUGUGUCUGUCCCUAAGCUAGAAGGUGACCUGAAGGGUCCAGAUUUGGACAUCAAAGGCCCCAAAGUUGAUGUUGACCUUCCUGACGUUGAGCUGGAAGGUCCUGAGGGGAAACUGAAGGGCCCUAAGUUCAAGAUGCCAGAUUUGAACAUCAAAGCACCCAAGAUCUCCAUGCCAGACGUCGACUUCCAUCUGAAGGGCCCCAAACUGAAAGGAGACGUGGAUGUGUCUGUGCCCAAGAUCGAGGGUGACCUGAAGGGCCCUGAGGUGAACAUCAAGGGCCCCAAAGUGGACAUUGAGGCACCAGACGUGGACAUUCACGGCCCAGAAGGAAAGUUCAAGAUGCCCAAGUUCAAAAUGCCCAAGUUUGGGAUGCCCGGCUUCAAAGCGGAAGGCCCAGAGGUGGACGUCAACCUGCCAAAGGGAGACCUGGAUGUUUGUGGUCCAAAAGUGGACAUUGAGGGACCUGAGGUGGAUACUGAAGGUCCUGAAGGAAAAAUUAAAGGGCCGAAGUUCAAGAUGCCCGAGAUGCACAUCAAGGCUCCCAAGAUCUCCAUGCCUGACAUUGACCUGAACCUGAAAGGUCCCAAAGUCAAGGGAGACAUGGACAUAUCUGUUCCAAAGAUUGAAGGUGACCUGAAGGGUCCUGAAAUCGACAUCAAAGGUCCCAAAGUCGAUGUUGACCUUCCUGACGUUGAGCUGGAAGGUCCUGAGGGGAAACUGAAGGGCCCCAAGUUCAAGAUGCCAGAUUUGAACAUCAAAGCACCCAAGAUCUCCAUGCCAGACGUCGACUUCCAUCUGAAGGGUCCCAAGCUGAAAGGAGACGUGGAUGUGUCUGUGCCCAAGAUUGAGGGUGACCUGAAGGGCCCUGAGUUGGACAUCAAAGGCCCCAAAGUGGACAUUGAGGCACCAGACGUGGACAUUCACGGCCCAGAAGGGAAGUUCAAGAUGCCCAAGUUCAAAAUGCCCAAGUUUGGGAUGCCCGGCUUCAAAGCAGAAGGCCCAGAGGUGGACGUCAACCUGCCAAAGGGAGACCUGGAUGUUUCUGGUCCAAAAGUGGACAUUGAAGGUCCAGAGCUGGACAUUGAGGGUCCUGAAGGAAAAAUUAAAGGGCCGAAGUUUAAGAUGCCCGAGAUGCACAUCAAGGCUCCCAAGAUCUCCAUGCCUGACAUUGACCUGAACCUGAAAGGUCCCAAAGUCAAGGGAGACAUGGACGUGUCUGUUCCAAAGAUUGAAGGUGACCUGAAGGGUCCCGAAAUUGACAUCAAAGGUCCCAAAGUCGAUGUUGACCUUCCCGACGUUGAGCUGGAAGGUCCUGAGGGGAAACUGAAGGGCCCUAAGUUCAAGAUGCCAGAUUUGAACAUCAAAGCACCCAAGAUCUCCAUGCCAGACGUCGACUUCCAUCUGAAGGGCCCCAAGCUGAAAGGAGACGUGGAUGUGUCUGUGCCCAAGAUUGAGGGUGACCUGAAGGGCCCUGAGUUGGACAUCAAAGGCCCCAAAGUGGACAUUGAGGCACCAGACGUGGACAUUCACGGCCCAGAAGGGAAGUUCAAGAUGCCCAAGUUCAAAAUGCCCAAGUUUGGGAUGCCCGGCUUCAAAGCGGAAGGCCCAGAGGUGGACGUCAACCUGCCAAAGGGAGACCUGGAUGUUUCUGGUCCAAAGGUGGACAUUGAAGGUCCAGAGGUGGACAUUGAGGGUCCUGAAGGAAAAAUUAAAGGGCCCAAGUUCAAGAUGCCUGAGAUGCACAUCAAGGCACCCAAGAUCUCCAUGCCUGAUGUUGACUUUAAUCUGAAGGGCCCAAAGCUGAAGGGUGGUGUGGAUGUGUCUGUUCCGAAGCUUGAAGGUGAUUUGAAAGGUCCUGAGGUGGACAUCAAAGGCCCCAAAGUUGACAUUGAGGCACCAGAUGUGGACAUUCAUGGCCCAGAAGGUAAAAUAAAAAUGCCAAAAUUCAAAAUGCCCAAAUUUGGGCUGUCUGGGUUGAAAGGAGAAGGUCCAGAAGUUGAUGUAAAUCUUCCUGAUGCCAAUGUUGGUAUUUCAGGUCCAAAGGUUGAUGUUAGUGUUCCUGACCUGGACCUUGAAGGUCCAGAAGGAAAACUUAAAGGCCCCAAAUUCAAGAAGCCCGACGUCCAAUUCAAUGUUCCUAAAAUCUCGAUGCCUGAGAUUGACUUAAACUUGAAAAGCCCCAAAGUAAAAGCUGACAUUGAUCCUUCUCUUCCCAAAAUUGAGGGUGAGCUGAAAGGUCCUAAGGUGGACAUCAAAGGGCCAGAACUUGAGAUUGAGGGACCAAAGCUUGAUUUAGAUGGAAAGGCUAAAAAAUCAAGGUUUAAACUCCCCAAAUUUGGCUUUUCGGGUCCUAAAGUGCAAAGCCCUGAGGUGGAUGUGAAAGUGAAAAAACCUGACGUUGAGAUAUCUGGUCCGAAAGUUGAUGUUCAUGGUCCAGAUGUGGAUGUCCAGGCGAAAACCAAAGGGUCAAAGUUCAAAAUGCCUUUCUUGAGUAUUUCAACCCCAAAAGUUUCGAUGCCGGAUGUGGAGCUCAACCUAAAAGGGCAUAAAUUAAAAGGAGAGUUAGAUGUUUCCAGCCCUAAGUUGGAAGGGGAGCUGAAAGGUCCUGAGGUGGACAUCAAAGGCCCCAAAGUGGACAUUGAGGCACCUGAUGUGGACGUUCACGGCCCAGAAGGUAAACUCAAGAUGCCCAAGUUCAAAAUGCCCAAGUUUGGGAUGCCUGGUGUCAAAGCAGAAGGCCCAGAGGUGAACAUCAACCUGCCAAAGGGAGACCUGGAUGUUUCUGGUCCAAAGGUGGAGAUUGAAGGUCCAGAGGUGGAUAUUGAGGGUCCAGAGGGGAAGCUGAAGGGUCCAAAGUUCAAGAUGCCCGAGAUGAACAUCAAGGCGCCCAAGAUCUCCAUGCCUGACAUCGACCUGAAUCUGAAAGGCCCCAAAGUGAAGGGGGAUGUGGACGUUUCUCUUCCCCAGGUGGACCUCAACGGCGCAGAUCUGCAUGUGAAAGGACCAAAAGUGGAUGUAGAAGUUCCUGACCUUGAGAUUGAAGGUCCCAAAGGAAAACUGAAAGGCCUUAAGUUUAAGAUGCCUGAAAUGAACAUCAAAGCUCCCAAUAUCUCCAUGCCAGAUUUUGACUUGAACUUGAAAGGUCCCAAGAUAAAAGGAGAUGUGGAUGUUGACCUUUCAGUGCCCAAACUGGAAGGGGACUUGAGCGUGCCAGAUUUCAACAUCAAAGGACCAAAGGUUGACAUUGAUGCACCAGAGGUAGACAUUGAAGGGCCAGAAGGAAAACUGAAAGGUCCCAAGUUCAAGAUGCCCGACUUGAACAUAAAAGCACCCAAGAUCUCCAUGCCUGACGCCAGCUUAAACCUCAAAGGUCCCAAACUGAAAGGUGAUAUUGAUGUUUCUGCUCCAAAGCUGGAAGGGGACAUUAAAGCUCCUGACAUCAAUACUGAGGGCCCCAAAGUUGACAUUGAGGCACCAGAUGUGGAUAUUCACGGCCCAGAAGGAAAAUUCAAGAUGCCCAAGUUCAAAAUGCCCAAGUUUGGGAUGCCCGGCUUCAAAGCGGAAGGCCCAGAGGUGGAUGUCAACCUGCCAAAGGGAGACCUGGAUGUUUCUGGUCCAAAAGUGGACAUUGAGGGACCUGAGGUGGACAUUGAAGGUCCUGAGGGAAAAAUUAAAGGGCCGAAGUUCAAGAUGCCUGAGAUGCACAUCAAGACACCAAAGAUCUCCAUGCCUGACAUUGACCUGAACCUCAAGGGCCCCAAGCUGAAGGGAGACAUGGACGUGUCUGUUCCCAAGCUGGAAGGUGACUUGAAAGGUCCUGAUUUGAACAUCAAAGGCCCCAAAGUCGACAUAGAUGUUCCGGAUGUAGAGAUUGAUGGACCAGAUGGAAAACUGAAAGGCCCCAAGUUCAAGAUGCCCGAGAUGCAUUUCAAGGCCCCCAAAAUGUCCAGGCCAGACUUUGAUCUGAAUCUGAAAGGCCCGAAAGUGAAGGGGGAUGUGGACGUGUCUUUGCCGUGUGUGGAAGGUGACCUGAAAGGGCCAAAAGUUGAUAUUAAAGGUCCUGAGAUGGAUGUAGGAGCCCCAGAUGUUCAAAUCGAAGGCCCAGAAGGAAACUUAAAGGGUCCGAAGUUCAAGAUGCCUGAGAUGCACUUCAAAGCCCCCAAGAUCUCCAUGCCAGACUUUGACCUGAACCUGAAGGGCCCCAAAGUGAAAGGAGAUGUGGAUGUCUCUCUUCCAAAAAUCGAGGGAGACUUGAAAGGCCCAGAUGUUGACAUCAAAGGCCCUAAACUGGACGUAGACCUUCCUGAUGUUGAGCUGGAAGGUCCAGAAGGAAAGGUUAAAGGUCCCAAGUUCAAGAUGCCUGAGAUGCACAUCAAGACACCCAAGAUCUCCAUGCCUGACAUUGACCUGAACCUGAAGGGCCCAAAGAUGAAAGGGGAUGUGGACGUGUCUGUCCCCAAGCUGGAAGGUGACCUGAAGGGUCCAGAUUUGGACAUCAAAGGCCCCAAAGUUGAUGUUGACCUUCCUGACGUUGAGCUGGAAGGUCCUGAGGGAAAGUUGAAGGGCCCCAAGUUCAAGAUGCCAGAUUUGAACAUCAAAGCACCCAAGAUCUCCAUGCCAGACGUCGACUUCCAUCUGAAGGGUCCCAAACUGAAAGGAGACGUGGAUGUGUCUGUGCCCAAGAUUGAGGGUGACCUGAAGGGCCCUGAGGUGGACAUCAAGGGCCCCAAAGUGGAUAUUGAGGCACCAGAUGUGGACAUUCACGGCCCAGAAGGGAAGUUCAAGAUGCCCAAGUUCAAAAUGCCCAAGUUUGGGAUGCCCGGCUUCAAAGCGGAAGGCCCAGAGGUGGACGUCAACCUGCCAAAGGGAGACCUGGAUGUUUCUGGUCCAAAGGUGGACAUUGAAGGUCCAGAGGUGGACAUUGAGGGUCCUGAAGGAAAAAUUAAAGGGCCGAAGUUCAAGAUGCCCGAGAUGCACAUCAAGACACCCAAGAUCUCCAUGCCUGACAUUGACCUGAACCUGAAAGGUCCCAAAGUCAAGGGAGACAUGGACGUGUCUGUUCCAAAGAUUGAAGGUGACCUGAAGGGUCCUGAAAUCGACAUCAAAGGUCCCAAAGUCGAUGUUGACCUUCCUGACGUUGAGCUGGAAGGUCCUGAGGGGAAACUGAAGGGCCCCAAGUUCAAGAUGCCAGAUUUGAACAUCAAAGCACCCAAGAUCUCCAUGCCAGACGUCGACUUCCAUCUGAAGGGCCCCAAGCUGAAAGGAGACGUGGAUGUGUCUGUGCCCAAGAUCGAGGGUGACCUGAAGGGCCCUGAGGUGAACAUCAAGGGCCCCAAAGUGGACAUUGAGGCACCAGACGUGGACAUUCACGGCCCAGAAGGAAAGUUCAAGAUGCCCAAGUUCAAAAUGCCCAAGUUUGGGAUGCCCGGCUUCAAAGCGGAAGGCCCAGAGGUGGACGUCAACCUGCCAAAGGGAGACCUGGAUGUUUCUGGUCCAAAGGUGGACAUUGAAGGUCCAGAGGUGGAGAUUGAAGGUCCAGAAGGGAAGCUGAAGGGCUCCAAGUUCAAGAUGCCAGAUUUGAACAUCAAGACGCCCAAGAUCUCCAUGCCAGACUUGGAUCUGAACCUGAAAGGCCCCAAAGUGAAGGGAGAUGUAGAUGUUUCCAUGCCAGGAGUUGAAUGUGACUUGAAAGGUCCUGAGGUUGAUCUCAGUGCUCCUAAAUUAGACAUUGGUGCCCCUGAUGUUGACAUUGAAGGCCCUGAGGGUAAAUUCAAGCUCCCUAAAUUCAAAAUGCCCAAGUUUUCCAUGCCUGGUUUGAAAGGGGAGGGAGUGGAUGUGAAUCUUCCAAAGGGAGACGUGGACAUUUUGGGCCCCCGCAUAGAGGUAGAAGCUCCUGAUCUGCAUGUGGAUGGCAAAGUCAAAGGUCCCAAAUUCACCAUGCCUGAAAUGCACAUCAAGACUCCCAAGGUCUCCAUCCCUGAUGUCGACUUUAACAUCAAGGGGCCUCAACUGAAAGGAGACAUAGAUGUUUCUGGACCCAGGCUUGAAGGUGACUUGAAAGCACCUCAACUUGAUGUGAAAGCCCCCAAAAUUGCUGUUGAGGUUCCUGAGGUGACCAUUGAAGGACCAGAAGGGAAACUCAAAGGUCCAAAAUUCAAGAUGCCAGAAAUGCACAUCAAGGCGCCCAAGUUCUCCAUGCCUGAUGUUGACUUUAACCUAAAAGGCCCCAAGCUGAAGGGAGACGUGGAUGUCUCGGCACCGAAGUUGGAAGGGGAUUUGCAGUGUCCAGAUGUUGAUAUCAAAGGCCCCAAGUUGGACAUUGAGGGACCAGAUGUGAACAUCGAAGGGCCUGAUGGAAAAUUGAAAGGCCCCAGGAUCAAAAUGCCAGACAUGCACAUCAAGACCCCCCAGAUCUCCAUGCCGGACAUAGACCUGAACCUGAAGGGACUGAGGGUGAAAGGCGACGCUGACCUUCAGGGCCCAAAGCUUGAAGGGGGUCUGAAGGGUCCUGAAGUUGACAUUAAAGGUCCCAAAGUAGAGAUUGAAGGCCCAGAGGUUGAUGUUGAUGGUCUGGAGGGCAAAGUGAAGAUGCCUAAAAUGAAGCUGCCCAAGUUUGGCUUUAAAGGAGAAGGUCCUGAUGUGGACGUGAACCUGCCAAAGGCAGAAGUGGAUCUUUCAGGUCCCAAGGUUGAUAUCAAUGUCCCAGAUGUGAGCAUCGAAGGUCCAGAGGGAAAAGUGAAAGGUCCUAAACUGAAGAUGCCAGAAAUGCAUGUACCUAAAAUCUCGAUGCCUGAGAUAGACUUGAGUUUGAAAGGGCACAAAACGAAGGGAGGGUUUGAUGUGUCAACCCCAAAGAUAGAAGGCAGCCUGAAAGGUCCUGAAGUUGAUAUCAAAGGCCCAGAACUUGGAGUCAAAGGCCCUGAAGCUGACAUUGAAUGUCCUGACCUGAACAUUGAAAGCCCGGAGGCAAACGUCAAACUUCCCAAGUUUAAGAAGUCAAAGUUUGGAUUUGGGAUGAAAAGCCCGAAGGCAGAGGUGAAAGUCUCAGGGGCAGAAGUGGAUCUACCUGAGGUGGAGAUGAAUGUGGAGGCUCCUGAUGUCAACAUUGCUGGAAAGGGAAAGAAGAGCAAGUUCAAGAUGCCAAAGCUUCACGUCAGUGGCCCAAAAGUGAAAGGAAAGAAAGGUGGGUUUGAUGUGAAUGUGGCUGGUGGGGAGCUUGAUGCCAAUUUGAAAUCUCCUGACCUGGAGAUGAAUGUGGCUGGUCCGGAUGUGACAAUAAAAGGUGAAGCUGCAGUGAAGUCCCCCAAAGGGAAGAAACCCAUGUUUGGGAAAAUCUCCUUCCCAGACGUUGAAUUUGAUCUUAAAUCACACAGAUUCAAAGGAGAUGCCCCCAAAAUAGAGGGGGAACUCAAAGCACCUGAUCUAGAAGUCUCUGUGCCAACGGUCAAAGGCGAUGUGAAAGGCCCAAGUCUCAAUGUGGAUGUUGAAUCUUCUGAUCUGAGCCUGAAGAAACCAAAGAUCAAACUUCCCAGUGGGCAAGUGGGCAUAGGUGACUUGAAAAUUGAGGGGGACCUGAAAGGACCCACUGUUGACACUGCCGUCCCCUCCAUCCCAGUGCCAGAUGUUGACUUAAAUGUGAAAGGACCAAAAGUAAGAGGUGAAGUCAGUGUUCCUGGAGUAGAACUGGAAGGUCCUGAAGGAAAGCUGAAGUUGCCCAAAGUGGGGAAAAUGGGUCUCGGUCUGGAAAUGCCAGAUGCAAGCUUGGACAUCUCGGCCCCGGCUGUGGAAGGAAGUGGGAGCCUCCCUUCAGCUGAUGUGAACCUUGGAGGUGUUGAUGUAAAGCUCAAAGGGCCCCAAAUCUCUGGACCCGAUUUUGAUGGAAACCUGAAAGGACCAAAAAUCAAGGGAGAUCUGGAUGUUUCGAGUUCUAUUGAAGGGCCAAACAUCAACCUGGACACAUCAGGCAUCGACAUCGGAGGCUUGGGAGGAAAGCUGAAGCUGCCAAAGAUUAAAUCCCCCACUGUGGAGGGACCUGAUCUGAGCGUGAAAGGAGGUAUCGACUGCUCCAUCCCACAAGCGGAGGUGGAUGCGAAAGCCCCGGGUGCAAAGCUCAAUCUCGGCAUCCCGAGUGUUGAUAUCAAAGGGCCCUCAGUGGAUGUUUCUGCCCCAGAUUUGGAUGUCAACCUGAAAGGACCAAAGUUGAAAGGAGAUCUCGAUGUUUCUGCUGGUGUUAAAUCCCCUAAAAUAUCAGUAGACGCUCCCGGUGCUGGCUUUGAAAUUCUGGGUGGCACCAUCAAGCUCCCGUCCCUCAAGCUCCCUCAGUUUGGUAUUUCCAGUCCUGGUGUGGAUGGAGCUGAUGGGAGUGUCAGUCUUGAAGGCCCUCAGGUGAAAGGAGGCCCCAAGAGCUCAGGGGUUGGUGUUGGAUUGGAAGGACCUGAUGUAGAAUUGAAAGGGCCUAAAUUUCAAAUGCAGUCACCGGGCGUUUCCUUGCCGGACGUCGACCUGAAGCUGAAAGGACCAAACCUACAGGGUGAUGUAAAUGUUGCUGGUGAAAUCAAAGGCCCCAAAGUCAACGUGGAAGCACCUCAUGUUGACCUUAAGGAGCCUGGAGCGGGCAUCCACCUUGAUUCUCCUGCCUUGGAAGCGUCUGCGCUGAAAGUCUCUGGGUCAGGUUUUAACGUCAAUGUGAAAGGGCCGAAGAUCAAAGGUGGUGCCACCAUCUCUGGGGAGGCGACAGCUCCAGCUGUGAGUGUUGGUGGGGGAGGUCUUCACGUUACCAGCCCAAAGGGUGGAAGCGGAGGUACCACAGAAUGUAGCCUAGGAAAGGUAUCGUUCCCUAAGCUGCGAAUGCCUAAAUUUGUGUUUUCCGAACCUGAGGUGAAGGGCAGGGAGAUGGGAGUUGAUGUGGAGUUCCCUGGGGCAGAUGUCAAUCUCCAAGCUGGCGCCGCAGAGCUGGAGUCGGAGGACGUGGAGGUCAGACUCAAGAAAUCCAAAAUCAAAAUGCCCAAGUUCAAUUUUUCCAAGCAGAAGGGGAAGAGCAGCAGUGGCCUGGGCUCCCCAGAGGUUUCAGGGUCUGUUUCAGGAUCUAAAGGUGAUCUGAAGAGCUCCAAGGUCAGUUUGGGUUCAGCAGAAGGCGAGCUGGAUGGGGCAGAGGGUCCACCAGCCAAAGGGAAGUUCUCCCUCUUCAAGAGCAAGAAGACGCGCCACCGGUCGUCGUCCUUCAGUGAUGAGCGCUCCUCCCACUCAACUCCCACGGGAACCCUGGAGCUGGACAUCUCAUCGGGCACCGAGAAGGGAAAACAUGGCAAAAUGAAAUUCGGGACGUUUGGGGGAAUCGGCUCCAAAACUAAAGGUUGUUACGAGGUGACGGGAAGUGACGAAGAGAUGGGGAAGGUGCAAGGCAGCGGCGUCUCCUUGGCAUCCAAAAAAUCCCGCUUGUCCUCCUCUUCCAGCAACGACAGCGGGACGAAAAGUGGGUUCCGUUUGCCCGGAGUGGAGUUGACGGUGGCCAAGAAGAAGGAGUAAUGGGGCUGUACAUAAGUGCCUGUGUAUAUAAGGAGCCCGUCCCGCCUUUGUACAUAUAUUUUGUAGCUUGGGCUACUUCCAACCUCAACAAGGGCGUCAGCAGGGUCCGGUGGGAAGCACCUGGAGCUCCAUGGUCGCCUCCAGCUUCUCCGCGCUCAAGACUUCAGCUUCUGCAUGAAAACGCCGAGAGCUUCAGUUUACUUUAGCGAGCUAUUUUUGAUAUUUUUUUUCCUUCCCCAUUUUACUGAUUUUUUUUCAGUGUUUUGGUUCAUGGAAACGAGGGUUUUUGUUGUUGUUGUUGUUGUUGUUUUCUCCGUCUUAACGAUCUUUUUUUCUUGGCUUUGAUUCAUGGGGUUGAAACUUCUCACAGCCCAACAGAGCUGUUAAAACCCACCCUGUAACCGAGACGCGGGCAUGGAAUUCCUGCACCAGGGUUGGGACAAACAAGCCGAGUGCUUCCCGGGGCUUGGUUGCGUAAGAAGAUGAUAUCAAAUAACCUCCAGGAGGGAGAGGACGGUCAACAGGCACAGAGCUGUGCAGGAAAUAUCUUGGAAUUUUUGCAUCUUGCCACUAAAAAACCCAGUUUUGUUAUUUUUUUUUUUUUUUUUAAAUUUUUAAUGAUGUUUUCUCUGUCAGCUCUGCACAUUUGUUCCAUUAUUUGUAUUAUAAGAGGGAAAAAAAAUGUGUCUUGGUUACGGUGCGAAAACGUGCAAUGGCUGCUUUUCUGGCAUUUGGUAUUGUUUUUUGUUAACAAGUAUUAUCCGGAGUUUAAAAAAAAAACCAAAGGAACCCCCCCCCCAAAAAAAAUAAAAGCAACCCCUCUUUCAGCACUUUAAUGGCAAAUUAAUUGAGAAUGUAAGAAGAAAUGAUUGUGUAAAAGGCAAAUAAAAAGUUUAUUAACCAUGA